AUGAAUAUUACACAACAUAUUCUGGAACAUUUUGCUUCAAAUUCAAAUCAGAUACGUUUAACACCUCAGGUAUUACCUAAAAUAUCAUCAGUUAAUGAUGAGGACUACUCAAAUGAUGUAAAUUUUUUAUCAGAAGAUACAUUUAAUAAAAAUGAAAUAAAUUCAAAUAUAUGGAAUUUAACUGGUGAUGACGUAUUUGCUGGUUUAUUUUUAUUAAUAUUUGGCAUGUUCGGAAUUACAUUAUAUGCUGUUGUUUGCAUUGCCAUGGCCAAAAUGUGUAAAGAAAUAGUUGGUUUUCGUUUUUUGGUAUCUCAAGCACUUACUGAUAUUCUUUUAUUACUACAGUUUGGAAUUUGGCCGGGUGUAGUUAUUUUAACACAAAAUGAAAUAAUACCACAUAAAUAUAGAUGGCAUAUGCAUAUUUACCUCGAUUUUACUUGGUGGGCAAUGGUUUAUCAUUAUUCAAUUGUAGCAUGGAGUCGUUUAGCUGCUGUUCAAUUUCCCAAUUGGUUUCGAACAUUAUCAAAUAGAACAUGUUUAAUAAUUUGUUCAAUUGCAUGGAUUGGUGGAUUAAUUCAAACAUUAAUUGAACAUCAACUUCCUUGGUUUGAGAUACUUUACUAUGACCCAAAGCAAUACUCAUUGACAGGAAAUUGGGUUAAUUAUAAUGAAAAAGGCACAGCAACAUAUUAUAUGAUAUUUAAUUGGGCAGCAAUUAUAUUACCAUUUCCUUUUUAUGGGUAUGCUUUAUAUGUUUUAUUUAAAAGGCAACAAAGACAAUAUUAUAAUUCAUUAAAAUACCGAUUACGAGAAAAUUCUUAUACAUCUGAUUAUACAGUUCAGAGGCAAUUAUCUAUUGAAACAAGACUUCUUAUACCAUGUAUUAUAAAUACAAUAUUAUUUGUUGUUGGACAAAUUGCAAUAUCUAUUUGUUCAAAGACAACUGGAAAAUGGAUUUCAUGGACAGUUAUGGUUAUAUUUGCUACCAACUCAUUUGUUAAUCCCGUUUUAUAUCUAUGUUUCAGUUCAGUUAUACGUAGAUAUUUAUUUACAAAUUGUGAAAAACAGCUUAAUACAUCAUCUGUUUACCGUGACUUUGACUUUCGAUCAUCUAGUCAAGCAAGUAUUAGUUAUCACCAACAACAAAAAUCUUCACUAAUAAAGUGGAAAAAAGAUUCACCAUCAUUGUCUAAUUUAUAA